ACUAGUGUAGUGUUUAUCGGAUAUGAGUUCGCUGAGAAUUUCACUUGGGGUUGGGGCUGCCACUCCCAGAACGCGCCGCUCCAUCAAAAUAUCACCCCAUAAAUGUCAAACAAGAGAACAAGUCUCCAAAUCUAUCUUCCCCCAUACCCCAAAAAUCCCUUCUCCUCAGCACGAACUGGAAUUGAAGGAGAACCGAACUUCGUUGGGCAGAAGAGAAGCAGUUGGUUGCGGAUUCCUGUAUGGCCUUGCCAACGCUCUCCUGCAGCCGCUGCCUGCAGCUGCUUCAGCUGCUGAAGGCACACCAUGUGAAUUCACGGUAGCUCCUUCGGGGCUUGCCUUCUGCGAUAAAGUUGUGGGGACAGGCCCGGAGGCCGUAAAAGGACAGCUAAUCAAGGCACAUUACGUUGGAAAAUUAGAGAGCGGAAAGGUGUUCGACAGCAGCUACAAUAGGGGGAAGCCGUUAACCUUCCGAGUUGGGGUUGGUGAGGUUAUAAAAGGUUGGGAUGAAGGUAUUCUUGGGGGCGGUGGAGUUCCUGCAAUGCUUCCAGGAGGGAAGCGGGUGCUAAAGCUUCCUCCGGAACUUGGGUAUGGCGCAAGAGGUGCUGGGUGCAGAGGAGGGUCUUGUAUCAUUCCCCCAAACUCGGUUCUCGUAUUUGAUGUGGAGUUCAUUGGGAAGGCAUGACAUCGAAACUCCACUCUACAGUCCCCUUUCACUUCCAAAUAUCCUUCCUUUUUUUUUUAAUUCACAUGCUUCCUUUUCCCCCUCUUAUUCACUCUUCUCUUCACUUGUGAAUUCUAUUUGCCCUUUACCUCUCAUUCUUAUUUUUCACUUUUGCUAUUUGUUGCCUGUGCAAUGGCUCCUUUCCACCGACUUUCUUUUCUAAAAAAGAAAAACAACACACGAACAAAAUUUCGGAACUUGUA